AUGAGGGGCUUCGCGGUGCUUCUUGCAGUCCUCACGCUCUUCCAAAGCAAUCAGAUUACCAGGAUCCCUCUGCACAAAGGGAAGUCUAUGAGACAAGCCUUGAAGGAGAAUGGGCUCCUGGAUGACUUUUUGAGAAAACACCAGUAUGCAAUUGGCAGGAAGUACUCCAACUGCGGGGAGGUGGCUAGCGAGCCUCUGACCAACUACCUGGACAGUCAGUACUUUGGAAAGAUCUACAUUGGGACCCCGCCCCAGGAGUUCACUGUGGUGUUUGAUACAGGCUCUUCAGACCUCUGGGUGCCCCCUGUCUACUGCAACAGUGAUGCCUGUCAAAACCACCACCGCUUUAACCCGUCCAAGGCCUCCACCAUCCAGAACAUGGGCCACCCCCUGACCAGUCAGUACGGCACCGGCAACAUUCAAGGCUUUCUGGGCUAUGACACCGUCACCGUCUCUGACAUUGUGGAUCCCCAGCAGACUGUGGGCCUGAGCACCCAGGAACCUGGCAAUGUCUUCACCUACGCCAAGUUUGAUGGGAUCCUGGGGAUGGCCUAUCCCUCUCUUGCCUCUGAGUACUUGGUGCCUGUGUUUGACAACAUGAUGUACAGGCACCUGGUGGCCCACGACCUCUUCUCGGUUUACAUGAGCAGGAAUGAGCAGGGGAGCAUGCUCACCCUGGGGGCCAUUAAUUCGUCCUACUACAUGGGCUCCCUGCACUGGGUACCCGUGCUGGUGCAAGAGUACUGGCAGUUCACCGUGCACAGCAUCACUGUUGACGGCGUGGUGGUGGCCUGUGAUGGCAGCUGUCAGGCCAUCCUGGACACAGGCACCUCCCUGCUAGUUGGGCCAGGAAGCAACAUCCUCAACAUCCAGAAGGUCAUUGGAGCCACACAGGGCCAGUAUGGAGAGUUUGACAUUGACUGCGAGAGACUGAGCAGCAUGCCCACGGUUGUCUUCGAGAUCCAAGGCAGACAAUACCCACUGCCACCCUCUGCUUACACCACCCAGGACCUGGGCUCCUGUAUCAGUGGCUUCCAGAGUGCCAGUGACACCCAGCAGUGGAUCCUGGGGGACGUCUUCAUCCAGGAGUAUUACAGCGUCUUUGACAGGACCAACAACUGUGUGGGACUGGCCAAAGCUAUCUGA